AUGUACGGCAUGGAUCGGGUUGUUAACGACGACGUCUUCGUCGCUCUCUCCACCCGGUCUGAUCUGCAGUCGUUCCAAUUUCAGCACACGAUAACUGCAGAGCUCGUAUCCUCGGCCGAAAGCCAGCAGGGCAAUCAGCAUGGUGAAGCGCAGCUCUUUCCCUCCCUCGACAAGCUCGUUUGUACGGCAACCUUUGACGGGUUUGUCCGCCUUCCACCUCACUUACGCCAGCUCACCCACCUAGAGGCUACCAUUAUGAGCAACGGCCCUACUUCCACCGGAUCGCACACCUUUCUUGAAGUCAUACCCGCCUCCAGUCCACAUCUGCGUAUUCUGAAGCUGGAAUAUUCGACGACGGAGCAGGCGCUUAUCAGCCCCGGCGAGCUGGUCCAUCUCGUACAAGGGCUUCCGCACGUUCAGCAGCUGGAAAUUUUAGGCCACGUCCGAGCCCCCGAACUAGAAAGCGACUACAUGUCCCCGAUUACCGAGGCCUUGCCUGACCUCAGAAUCCUGCAUCUUGCAUUCGAGUGCUCAUUGACGGAGGCCGCUCUUAUCGAACUAGGCCGAAAGUGCGGGAGCCGUAUGACAGACUGCGAGCUCUGGGGAUCUUAUGACUUGCAAAAUCUCGAAGGAAGCGGCGUAUUCUUUCCUGUGUUGCAAGAUCUUGUCCUAGGGAAAUUGAUGCCGCCCGCAUCCGACAAUACCGACAGCCAGGCGGCAAAUGCUGCGCGGCUGGUGAAAGAAAUGGCACCCAAUCUCAGCUCGUUUGCCGUGUUGACUGAAGAUUCUUUUGCUACCUUGGUCGACACGUACUGGGCGGGAUUGGCUUGA